UGCGCACCGCCAUGUUGUUCAACUCGAGACCACCUGCCUUCCGGACUGGGGCUUGUUAGUCACUCGGCGGGGCGGGGCCAGGUGAUGGCUACCAAGGAGACCAGCUGGCUUGCGCCACCUGCUUCUACCUCUGGACCUCGGCCCUGCGGGGCCCCAGGACAAGUGGCACGAGCUGCGGGGCCGUUCUCCGGGCGAAGCGGCCGCGCAGUCGCCCGACUUGGGGAGUGGACCCGGGCGGCUGUGGAGAAGCAGGGGCCGUACAUGGUGAUGCGCAUGCCUUCCAUUCAGGCCAAACUGCAGAAGCACCGGGACCUGGCCAAGUCGGUUCUGCGGAAAAAAGGCAUGCUGGCGGCCUCGCCGAACCGCCCCGACUCUUCAGGGAAAAGGUCAGUGAAGUUUAACAAGGGCUAUACUGCUCUUAGUCAGAGUCCUGAAGAAAACCUGGUGUCCUUCAACUCUGACAGUGAUGGGGAGCUGGAAUCCAGAUACUCUUCCGGGUAUUCCUCUGCAGAGCAGGUAAACCAGGAUGUGAGCCGCCAGCUGCUCCAGGAUGGGUAUCACCUGGAUGAGAUUCCAGAUGAUGAGGACUUGGACCUCAUUCCCCCCAAGCCUAUGGCCUCCUCAACGUGCUCCUGCUCCUGGUGCUGUCUUGGGGAUUCUUUCUCUUGUACCCUCCAGUAGACAUAACCCCUUAAAAUGGACCCUGCUUGCCAUGCCUGCAGGACCCUUUUCUGCUCUUCAUAGGUCACAGAGUACAGUGGAACUGCUGUCAGCCCCAGAAUCACUUGAGGUACAGACUUGGGAAGUCAGUGAGCUAUAGUUGCCCCUACCUGGUGCUACUCAUGCCAGAGGCCCCCAUCUGGGUGAGAGGGUGGUAUGUGGAAUUCUGCAGUUGUCCUCAGCUACUGGAACAGAGUUUGGUGAAAACACAUUAAUAAGGGCAGGAAUAUAGGAAUUCUGGCUCUUGCAGAAUUGCAAGAAAGUUGACGAAGAAAAACUCUUGAAGACAUCAUUGGUAUUUAUAGUCAUGCUCUUCAGAGGAAAAAAGCUUUUGUGUCCAGGUUGUGCAUGAUGGUGUUAUGUGGAGGCAGAAAAUAGCACUUUGUGGCUUGCAGCUGGAAAUCUUUAGGAAAAAAGAAAACUGUAUGGGACCAGUUAAAGAAAUUCCUUAAGCUCUCCUCCUCUUCCUAACUCCAAGAUGUUUCCCUGUCAAGACAGCAUAAAGCGGAGCCCUUUGGCCCUCUUCUGGUUGCGCAUAACUAUUGCAGGGAGGACAGCAGCUUGCUUGAUGCCAUAGCAGGAUGAAGGCUUCCAGAAUCCCUGGACCCAGAGCAUCCCCAACUGAUCCAAUUGUCUGCCUAGGUUUAGUGACUCUGGUAAGCCCUAGUUAGAGGAAAAACUGCUCCACUAUGUACAUAUUUAUGUCUUAAUGGUUUUUGCUAAGUUUCUCCAUUCAGUCUUUUAGUUAAAUGUUGGUCCCGGAAGCCUGUUUGCAUAUUUUGGUUACCAGCAGAGAUAGCUGCAGGGAGCAUUCAGGUGCCUUCCAAUUAACCUUUUAAACUGGAGAAGUAGCAAAGGGUGAGAAGUAUACUGGCCCUGGGCUCUGACUAGACGGAGACUCACAGGAUGGGGAGUAGACACCUGUGUCAGGUCCCAAGGUAAUGGAGAUAAUCUGCCAUUGCAGAGGGCCUCCCUUCACCCUGUUACAAACUGUCUAUUGGGUCCAGCUCUCCCGAUUCCUCUGAUCACAGCAUGUGCCACAGUGGAUACUCGAGAUCGGACAUUUUACAGUAAACCUUUGGGUACAACAUAGCCUCUCUCAACUCUUUGUGAACACAGCAAAGGUGAAUCCCACUCCCCCGUGACCCCUACUCUUGCUAGACCACACCUCUCCCUAGAAUUUAGUUUUACAAUGUUUCUGUUUUGCCUUACCUAGAACUGUGGUGAGGUAGGGUUCCCAGCCCAAGGGACGUGGUAGUCAGGAUUGGAUUGUGGGCCCCAUAUGGGAAAGUGCCUGGUCUGUUGACACGUUUGAUGUCCUGUGACCACUAGGGGUUAAUGAGGGAUGGCAUGGCCUUUCCUGCUCUACUGCUACGAGCUGAUUAAGAGAAUGUCAGAUAAAAAGGCCAUAUAUGUCAGAUAUGAUUACCCUUGUGAGGGUAAUCCUAGUAGUGCUUGAUUAGCAUCUAUCUUGGUGCUUUUCUCAAAUUUUAGAAAGCUGAGAAUAGUGUCCAGGGGGCUGUAGCUAACUUUUAUUCUCCAGUUAGCAGUGUCAUGGCAGGAGGGAGAUGGAACAGGGACCAGAGGCACCUCAUGUUAGGGUCUAGGAUGGGGGAAGCAUGUAGUUAUUCUAUUCUGGAAUGAGGCUCUGCAACUCUACACCUCAGAAGGUUCCCCACAUUCUGAGCAGUAGGUGCAAAUGCUUUCAGGGACUGAAGACAUCUCCAUUCUGAACCCCUUGCCCACCCAUGGAGGCUAUAUCCAGGCCUUUCUGGUUUCUGCAGUAGAGAAAUAUGUACAAAAAACUCAGAUGUAGGUAGGAUCUUGUAAAGGAAAACAGUGGCUAAUGGGAAACCCAGUGGGGACCAGAAAGUGCUGUGACAGCUCAGUGUGGGGCAUUUGGCAGCUGCUGGGGGUAAGGGGAGCAAUAGGAUCACAAGACCAAGGUCCCCCCAGGUGAUUGGUGCAGUUAGUCAACACUAGGGUAUUUGACUGCGUCUCUGAGAGGGUGUUUGAGAGUCAGUUGACCCUGAGUGGGAGGCGUUACCUUUGUGGGAGGUUAUAGGAACCUGAAGUGGGGGACAGUGUGCAGUGAGGCAGGAUAAAAAUGGUCAGUUUGGGGCCACAGGCUAAACUCUCACCAAAAGGCACCAAGGUACCCAGAGCCAAACUACCUUCAUUGAGAGUGCCUCAUGUGCUGUGACAGUGCCCCGGGAGGAGGGGUGUAUUCAGGCUCACUGUACAGGUGGGGGUGGUAGUAGAUGGCAUUUACCAAGUAUUCCACAAAACCCCUGGCUUAAAGUUCCACAACUCUGUGAGUUUAUAGUAAAUACAGUCAUGCUGGUUGAACUGUC